AUGUUGCACGAAUUCUGUCUUUCUUUGGAAGAAAAGAACAUCCUGGAGAGAUCGCGGGUCACCACUUUGGAGCAGUUGGCUUCCAUUCAGAACGAAAUGGAACAGCUGAGACAACUGCUACAGGCGACGUCUCGUGAGCGGGAUGAGCUCGCGGAACAGCGCGAUGAGAAACGUCUGGCCUAUGAAAGCGAGACUCGGGAGACAGCAAGACUGCAGAGACUGUUGGAACAGGCGGAAUCGCGAUCUUCCCAGCUGCGGGAGAAGAUCACUGAAAUGCAAGAUCUGCAGCGCAAAACGCAAAUGGAGAAGGACGUGCUUGGACAUGAGAAGAGCGAGGUCUUGGAUCGGGCCGAGAAGGCUGAACAAAAAUUAAUGGAGCUGGACAAGAAGAUGGCAAAUGACAACUUUUAUGUCUGUCGUGAGAGUUAUAAUUGA